GUGAACUAAGAACGUACUGAUAAAACAGUAUAAAAAGUCGACAUUCCGACAGAGAUGUACUAUAAAACAAUUUUUAAAAAAUACACCAUGAUGAUUGUGGUAUUUCUAGCGUUUGUUGCUGGUGCAUUUGCUCUGCAAGAUUGCCCAACCAACUCGCACUAUGAGGCUUGCGGGACAGCCUGUCCCCUGACAUGCGACAACUACAAAAAUCCACCCAAAUUCUGUGUCCUCAUGUGCAAUCCUGGAUGUCACUGUGAUCCAGGAUACGUCAAAGCAGAGGAUGGAUCUUGCGUUAUGCCUGAAAAUUGCCCAAGCAGAGCACCAGAAGUGUGUGGAGAAAAUGAGCGCUACACUGGUUGCGGUACCGCAUGUCCCUUGACUUGCGAUAACUACGACAACCCACCCAAAAUCUGUCCCGCCAUGUGCAGGAUCGGAUGCGAGUGCGAGAAAGGAUUCAUCAGAAGUCCCGAUGGAAGAUGCGUCCGACCAGAGGAAUGCCCUAACAGAAGCCAGGAAAAGAACUGUGAAGAUGAGCCCGAACCUGGAUUGUGCUUUGCGUAUAUCCCGUCUUUCUAUUACGAUAAGGAAAGUAACACUUGCAAGAUAUUCAUUUACGGAGGUUGCGGAGGUAACGGAAACAGGUACUUGAGAGAAGCUGAGUGCUUGGCAAAGUGUGCUAAAUCUUCUUCCGUGUCCGCUUGCGAUCAGCCAAAGGUGCCUGGUCCAUGCAGGGCUCUCUUCCACAGAUAUUUUUUCAACCAGGAAACUGGGCGGUGUGAGAAAUUCAUCUAUGGUGGAUGCAGAGGAAACGAAAACAACUUCCUCACUCAGAAGGACUGCGAAGCCAUGUGUAUGAGCUAAAAGUUAAAACAUUUAUGAGAAUAUAAGCCACUUGAAGGAUUAUCAAGAGAAAAGCAGUUUAUGUAGUGAUAAUGCAAAUGAUUUGUUAUGUGAAUAAAUCAUGAAAUUUCUUAGUA